ACAGGUCACCAUUCUAUCUCAAGGGCCUUCUUCACCUCAGUAUUCCAGGAAGUGGUCGAAAAGUUGCCCAGGUAAAAGAUGGGUGAUGCUGCCAUGAAAGAAUUUGGGGCAGCCGCCCCGUACCUGAGGAAGUCAGACAGGGAGCGUCUGGAGGCCCAGACCCGUCUGUUUGACAUGAAGAAAGAAUGUUUUGUUCCUGACCCCGAUGAGGAGUAUGUAAAAGCUUCCAUCGUAAGUCGUGACGGUGAUAAAGUCACUGCUCAGACAGAGAAAGGGAAGACUGUCACAGUGAAGGAGUGCGAUGUACAUCCUCAGAACCCGCCAAAGUUUGAUAAAAUUGAAGACAUGGCCAUGUUCACCUUCCUCCAUGAGCCAGCUGUGCUGUUUAACCUCAAAGAGCGUUACGCAGCGUGGAUGAUCUAUACCUACUCUGGGCUGUUCUGUGUGACUGUCAACCCCUACAAGUGGCUGCCAGUCUACAACCAAGAGGUGGUCGUUGCCUACAGAGGAAAGAAGAGGAGUGAAGCUCCUCCUCACAUCUUCUCCAUCUCUGACAAUGCCUACCAGUACAUGCUGGCAGAUCGAGAAAACCAGUCAAUCCUCAUUACCGGAGAAUCUGGAGCUGGAAAGACUGUAAACACCAAGCGUGUCAUUCAGUACUUUGCCAGCAUUGCUGCUGUGCCAGGUGGUAAAAAAGAUGCUGCAAGUGAAAAAAAGGGUACCCUGGAGGACCAAAUCAUUCAGGCUAACCCUGCUCUGGAGGCUUUUGGCAAUGCCAAGACCAUAAGAAAUGACAAUUCGUCUAGAUUUGGUAAAUUCAUCAGAAUCCACUUUGACAAUAGAGGAAAGCUUGCCUCUGCUGACAUUGAAACCUAUCUCCUGGAAAAGUCACGUGUCACCUACCAGCUUAAAGCUGAGAGGGAUUACCACAUUUUCUACCAGAUCUUGUCUCAGGUAAAGCCUGAACUUYUGGAGAUGCUACUCAUCACCAACAACCCCUAUGAUUACGCGUUCAUCUCCCAAGGAGAGACAACAGUAGCUUCCAUCAAUGACUCAGAGGAGUUGAUGGCUACUGAUGAUGCCUUUGAUGUGCUGGGCUUCACUCAAGAAGAGAAGAACAGUAUUUACAAAAUGACUGGUGCCAUCAUGCACUUUGGAAACAUGAAGUUUAAGCAAAAGCAGAGAGAAGAGCAGGCAGAAGCAGAUGGAACUGAAGAUGCUGACAAAGUUGCAUAUCUGAUGGGCCUAAACUCUGCUGACCUCAUCAAAGGUCUCUGUCACCCAAGGGUCAAAGUGGGGAAUGAGUGGGUCACCAAGGGACAAAAUGUUGCCCAGGUGUACUAUGCUAUUGGUGCACUUUCUAAGUCGGUUUAUGAGAAGAUGUUCCUGUGGAUGGUCAUGAGAAUUAAUCAGUCUCUUGACACCAAGCAGCCUCGUCAGUACUUCAUCGGAGUGCUGGACAUUGCUGGGUUUGAGAUCUUUGAUUUCAACACCUUCGAGCAGAUGUGCAUCAACUUCACAAAUGAAAAACUGCAACAGUUUUUCAACCACCACAUGUUUGUUCUGGAGCAGGAAGAGUACAAGAAAGAGGGAAUUGAGUGGGAGUUCAUUGACUUUGGUAUGGAUCUGCAGGCCUGUAUUGACCUGAUUGAAAAGCCCAUGGGUAUCAUGUCCAUCCUCGAAGAGGAGUGCAUGUUUCCCAAAGCCUCUGAUGCUACAUUUAAAGCUAAGCUUUAUGACAAUCAUCUGGGGAAAUCAAACAACUUCCAGUAUGCUGGAACUGUUGAUUAUAAUAUCAACAACUGGCUGGUGAAGAACAAGGAUCCUCUGAAUGAGACUGUUGUUGGUCUUUUCCAGAAGUCAACUGUUAAGCUUUUGGGUAUACUUUUUGCUGGGUAUGCCGGAGCUGAUUCAGCUCAAGAAUCUGGUGGGAAGGGCAAAGGAGGCAGCAAAAAGAAAGGUUCAUCUUUCCAAACUGUUUCUGCUCUACACAGGGAGAACCUGAAUAAGUUGAUGACCAACCUGAGGUCUACCCACCCUCACUUUGUACGCUGCAUCAUCCCCAACGAGACCAAGACUCCUGGGGCCAUGGAGAACCCUCUGGUGAUGCACCAGCUGCGCUGUAACGGUGUGCUGGAAGGCAUCAGGAUCUGCAGGAAAGGCUUCCCCAACAGGAUCCUCUAUGGAGACUUCAAGCAGAGAUAUCGCAUUUUAAACCCCAAUGCAAUUCCUGAGGGUCAAUUCAUUGACAACAAAAAAGCUGCUGAGAAAUUGUUGGGGUCUUUGGAUAUAGACCACAACCAGUACAAACUUGGGCACACCAAAGUGUUCUUCAAGGCUGGACUUCUUGGUCUGCUAGAGGAGAUGCGAGAUGAUCGGUUGGCAUUAAUUAUCACUGGCAUUCAAGCUCGCUCACGAGGUCUUCUGGCUCGAGUUGAAUUCCAAAAGAUUGUGGAACGAAGGGAUGCACUACUUGUGAUUCAGUGGAACAUCCGCGCCUUCAUGGGGGUCAAGAAUUGGCCCUGGAUGAAGUUGUACUUCAAGAUCAAACCUCUGUUAAAAUCAGCUGARACUGAGAAGGAGAUGGCCAACAUGAAGGAGGAGUUUACCAAACUCAARGAGGCUUAUGCAAAAUCAGAAGCCCGUAGGAAGGAACUAGAGGAGAAAAUGGUCUCUCUUCUCCAAGAGAAGAACGACCUGCAGCUCCAAGUCCAAACUUCCCUGGUGUCUCAACUCACCAGAGGAAAGCAGUCAUACACACAACAAAUUGAAGACCUCAAAAGACAACUGGAAGAGGAAAUCAAGGCCAAGAAUGCAUUAGCCCAUGCGGUGCAGUCUGCUCGCCAUGACUGUGACCUCCUCAGGGAGCAGUAYGAGGAGGAGCAGGAGGCCAAGGCUGAACUGCAGCGCAGCAUGUCCAAGGCCAACACUGAGGUGGCUCAGUGGAGAACCAAGUACGAAACUGAUGCCAUCCAGAGAACCGAGGAACUGGAGGAAGCCAAGAAGAAGCUGGCUCAGCGUCUGCAGGAGGCUGAGGAGGCUGUUGAAGCAGUGAAUGCCAAAUGCUCCUCUCUGGAGAAGACCAAACACAGGCUGCAGAAUGAGAUCGAAGAUCUCAUGGUGGAUGUGGAGAGGUCUAAUGCUGCUGCUGCUGCUCUGGACAAGAAGCAAAGGAACUUUGACAAGGUUUUGUCAGAGUGGAAACAGAAGUAUGAAGAGUCCCAGUCAGAGUUGGAGAGUUCUCAGAAAGAAGCCAGAUCAUUGAGCACCGAACUCUUCAAACUUAAAAACUCCUACGAAGAGUCUCUUGAACAUCUAGAGACCAUGAAGAGGGAGAACAAGAACUUACAAGAGGAAAUAUCUGACCUCACUGAGCAAAUUGGUGAGGGWGGAAAGAACAUUCAUGAGCUUGAGAAGAUUCGGAAGCAGCUGGAACAAGAAAAGUCUGAGAUACACACAGCUCUUGAGGAAGCAGAGGCCUCRCUGGAGCAUGAGGAAGGGAAGAUUCUCAGAGUCCAGCUUGAGUUGAACCAAAUUAAAGCUGACUUUGAGCGGAAGCUGGCUGAGAAAGAUGAGGAGAYGGAGCAAGUAAAGCGAAACCAGCAGCGGAUGGUGGAUAMUCUYCAGAGCUCMCUUGAGUCUGAAACUCGCAGYAGGAAUGAAGCCCUUCGUCUGAAAAAGAAGAUGGAGGGAGACCUCAACGAGAUGGAGAUCCAGCUUAGCCAAGCCAACAGGCAGGCGGCUGAGGCCCAGAAGCAACUCAAGUCGGUUCAUUCACAUCUGAAGGAUGCUCAACUCCAACUUGAUGAUGCUCUGCGAGCCAACGAUGACAUUAAGGAAAACAAUGCCAUUGUUGAAAGACGCAACAACCUGCUUCAGGCUGAAGUAGAGGAACUGAGGGGCGCUCUAGAGCAAACUGAACGAAGUCGCAAGCUUGCUGAGCAAGAGCUGCUGGAUGUUAGUGAGCGGGUGCAGCUACUGCACUCACAGAACACCAGCCUGAUAAACCAGAAGAAGAAGCUGGAGGGUGAUAUUGCUCAGCUUCAAACUGAAGUGGAGGAGGCUGUGCAGGAAUGCAGAAAUGCUGAAGAGAAGGCCAAGAARGCCAUCACUGAUGCUGCCAUGAUGGCAGAGGAGCUGAAGAAAGAGCAGGACACCAGCGCUCACCUGGAGCGCAUGAAGAAGAACAUGGAGCAGACCAUCAAAGAUCUGCAGCACCGUCUGGAUGAAGCUGAACAGAUCGCCAUGAAGGGAGGCAAGAAGCAGRUCCAGAAGCUCGAGGCCAGGAUCAAAGAACUGGAAAAUGAAGUGGAGGCUGAACAAAGACGGUCCAGUGACUCCAUCAAGGGAAUUCGCAAAUAUGAACGGCGCAUCAAAGAACUGACUUAUCAGACAGAGGAAGAUCGUAAGAAUCUGUCCCGUCUUCAAGAUCUGGUGGACAAACUACAGCUAAAGGUCAAAUCCUACAAGAAAGYUGCGGAGGAGGCAGAGGAACAGGCCAACAAUAAUCUCACCAAGUUCCGCAAGAUUCAACAUGAGCUUGAUGAAGCUGAGGAGAGAGCCGAUAUCGCAGAGUCUCAGGUCAACAAGCUACGUGCCAAGAGCCGCGAUGUUGGGUCAAAGAAAGGGCACGAUGAAGAGUAAGGGAGAUGGAAUGAAUCCCUACUUCUGAGGCACUUCUUAUCUUCAUGGUGUCUCCCUAUGCAUGUAGUUUGUUCAGUAGAAUAAAAUGAAUCUGCAUCUCAAAGUGG